AUGGUAAUGAUUGUGUUGGACGUCAGGGAGAUCUGUGAGAACCCACAGUUCAUUGUGGGCGGCGCCAGCAGGACAGACAUUUGCCAGGGAGAUCUUGGUGACUGCUGGCUGCUUGCUGCUAUCGCCUGUCUGACUCUGAAUGAGAAGCUUCUCUACCGGGUCGUUCCUCAGGAACAGAGCUUCUCCGAGGGAUAUGGAGGCAUCUUCCACUUCCAGUUCUGGCGCUAUGGCGACUGGGUUGACGUCGUCAUUGACGACCGCAUCCCCACCUUCAACAGCCAGCUGGUGUUCACCAAGUCUGCCGAGAGAAACGAAUUCUGGAGCGCCCUGCUGGAGAAGGCCUACGCCAA